AACGGUCGCCAACAUGGACGUGGAAUCACCGAUAAGAGAAUAAUGUUUGAGGAUCGCCGAAACCCAUGAGUUGGCCGGAUCUUGUUGAUGGCUCCACCCCCGCUACCUGUAAACCGCCCUCCCAGUUCCUUAUCAUCUUCCUAAUAUAUCUGACAGUCAGACGCUAUCAUCUGGCCGCCACUGAAGCAAGAAGAGGACAAGAAAACCUAUGGAAAGCGUUAUUGAACAGCUUUAAUGAACUGAAAUAAAUAAGUCAUCUGCGGUCAUAAAGAGAGAAAGUAGUAAUCAACACCUAACGAGAGCGCUAGAUGGACCAGAAAUAACGGACUUAGAAAGCGGCGGUUGGUUCUCAACAAGGUGGAGUUUUGUGAGUGAGGGCGAGGGUUACCAUCGAUUGCCUUUACGCGAUUUGGUUACCUGAUGGAGAAACCAGAACGACAUGUGACUCGAAGAUAAUUGCUGCCUUUCCUGAAAAUAUUGAACUAUUACACCAAAUGCAACAACAAAGAAGAACAGCAACGGGAUUUUCAAUAUAUAAUUAUAUGAACGAGUUUUGAAGAAAUAUCUGAUUUCGCAUACAAUUCGCAUAAAACUUAUUGUGCGAUCUGUGAAUGACUUCUGUUAAUGGAACGAUCAUAUCCUGUCCUUUGAAGUGCAAUUUCUGCGUCACAGGUCGCUGAGAACACAACAUUUACAUUGAAGGACUGAUGUAAAAGGACAGGGUAGAGUACAGGAAGGAAGGUUGGUAGUUAGUUGAAGCAAUAUGGCUGAAUUGUGGGGUAUGGGGCACUGGCUGGAACUACCCAUAUCGUCUGGAUACUAGUUAUAGAACAUGGAAACCUAUCCCUGGGCAUCGGUAGCCUCAGAAUAAUGCCUAAAGGUAAACAUAGUUACUACCCGGACUCUCCCUCUAUCCGCAUAUCCAAGAUGGAUGUGAUCAUCCCGUUCUCCCCAGAUGUGCCCUGUGAUAGCAAUGGGCAGCGCAUGUGGUGGGCUUUCCUUGCCUCCUCCAUGGUCACGUUCUUUGGGGGUCUCUUCAUCAUUCUGCUCUGGAGAACUCUCAAGUACCUGUGGACCGUCUGCUGCCACUGUAACACCAAAAAGAAGAAUGCUCAGCGGGUCCACAACCCUACCUCCCAUGGGGAUGGGAUCAAGCACACCAAGGAGACGGUGGCUGCACUCAGUGAGGUGGGCUGGAUGACCUCUGUCAAAGACUGGGCUGGGGUCAUGAUAUCAGCCCAGACACUGACGGGCAGAGUCCUGGUGGUGCUUGUCUUUGCCCUCAGCAUCGGAGCCCUUGUAAUAUACUUCAUAGAUUCCUCUGACCCCAUCGAGUCCUGUCAGAACUUCUACAAAGACUUCACGCUACAGAUUGACAUGGCUUUCAACGUCUUCUUCCUCUUGUACUUUGGUCUACGGUUUAUUGCAGCCAAUGACAAGUUGUGGUUCUGGCUGGAGGUGAACUCAGUGGUGGACUUCUUCACUGUUCCCCCAGUGUUUGUGUCUGUUUAUCUCAACAGGAGCUGGCUUGGCUUGAGGUUUUUAAGGGCGUUAAGGUUGAUACAGUUCUCAGAAAUCUUACAGUUUUUGAACAUAUUAAAAACAAGCAAUUCCAUAAAACUGGUGAACUUAUGUUCAAUCUUCAUAAGUACAUGGCUAACAGCGGCAGGCUUCAUACAUCUGGUGGAAAACUCAGGGGAUCCUUGGGAAAACUUCCAAAAUUCCCAAGCACUUUCCUACUGGGAAUGUGUCUACUUACUCAUGGUUACUAUGUCCACUGUGGGCUAUGGAGACGUGUAUGCAAAAACCACCCUGGGACGGCUUUUCAUGGUCUUCUUCAUCCUUGGUGGUUUGGCCAUGUUUGCGAGCUACGUCCCUGAAAUCAUAGAGUUAAUAGGAAACCGCAAGAAAUAUGGUGGUUCCUAUAGUGCGGUUAAUGGGAGAAAGCACAUCGUGGUCUGUGGUCAUAUAACACUUGAAAGUGUGUCCAACUUCCUUAAAGACUUCCUACACAAGGACAGGGAUGAUGUCAAUGUAGAAAUUGUUUUUCUCCAUAAUAUUUCCCCUAAUCUUGAGCUGGAAGCCUUGUUUAAACGCCACUUCACCCAGGUGGAGUUCUACCAGGGAUCUGUUCUCAACCCACAUGACCUGGCCAGAGUCAAGAUAGAGUCAGCAGACGCCUGUUUGAUCCUAGCUAAUAAAUACUGUGCAGACCCUGAUGCUGAGGAUGCCUCCAACAUCAUGAGGGUGAUAUCCAUCAAGAACUACCACCCAAAAAUCCGAAUCAUUACCCAGAUGUUGCAGUACCACAACAAGGCCCACCUUCUGAACAUUCCCAGUUGGAACUGGAAGGAGGGUGACGAUGCCAUUUGCCUUGCUGAGCUGAAGCUGGGCUUCAUAGCACAGAGCUGUCUGGCUCAGGGCCUGUCCACCAUGCUGGCCAACCUCUUCUCCAUGAGGUCCUUCAUCAAGAUUGAAGAGGACACGUGGCAGAAGUAUUACCUGGAAGGAGUAGCCAAUGAAAUGUACACUGAGUAUCUGUCUAGUGCCUUUGUGGGCUUAUCCUUCCCGACCAUUUGUGAACUCUGCUAUGUGAAGCUGAAGCUGCUACUGAUUGCUAUCGAGUACAAGUCUGAUAUAAGGGAAAGCAGCACCCUCAUCAACCCUGGGAACCAUGUGAAGAUGCAGGAAGGAACCCUGGGGUUCUUUAUCGCCAGCGAUGCCAAAGAAGUAAAGAGGGCACUUUUUUACUGCAAAGCUUGUCACGAUGACAUCACAGAUCCCAAAAGGAUAAAGAAAUGUGGAUGCAAACGAUCCAAGAUGUCCGUCUACAAGAGAAUGAUGCUGGCAUGUUGUUUUGAUUGCGGCCAUUCAGAGUGUGACUGCUCUUGCAUGUCAGCCAAUGUGCAUCAUGAUAGUAACAGGAAGGACACCCUUCAGCAACGUGGCUUCCCUCUCUCUCCUGUCUCUCUUAAUGAUUGCUCAACCACUUUAAGUGCCUUCGAAGAGGAGCAGUAUUCGACACUGUCGCCUAAAAAGAAACAACGUAAUGGAGACACAAGGAACUCACCCAACGGUUCACCAAAAAUGAUGAGGCAUGACCCUCUCCUCAUGCCGGGGAACGAACAGAUUGAGAACAUGGACAUGAACGUGAAGAAGUACGACUCCACAGGGAUGUUCCACUGGUGCCAGUCCAAAGACAUCGAGAAGGUCAUCUUGACCAGAAGUGAAGCUGCCAUGACUGUCCUAAGCGGCCAUGUGGUCGUCUGUAUAUUUGGAGACGCGAAGUCUGCUUUGGUGGGCCUAAGGAACCUUGUAAUGCCUCUGAGAGCUAGCAACUUCCACUACCACGAGCUGAAACCCAUCGUGUUUGUGGGUUCUCUGGAGUAUCUGAAGAGGGAAUGGGAGACCCUUCACAACUUCCCCAAAGUUUCCAUCUUACCUGGCACACCAUUAAGCCGGGCCGAUCUGAGGGCUGUCAAUAUCAACCUCUGUGACAUGUGUGUCAUCCUGUCGGCCAAUCAGAACAAUAUUGACGACGCGUCACUGCAGGACAAGGAAUGCAUCCUGGCGUCUCUCAACAUCAAGUCCAUGCAGUUUGACGACAGCAUCGGGGUCUUGCAGGCUAACUCCCAAGGUUUCACUCCUCCAGGCAUGGACAGGUCCUCUCCUGAAAACAGUCCACUUCAUGGGGGGUUGGUCCGACAGGCUUCCAUCACAACAGGGGCCAACAUCCCCAUCAUCACUGAACUAGUGAAUGACUCCAAUGUUCAGUUCCUGGACCAGGAUGAUGAUGAUGACCCUGACACAGAGUUGUACCUCACUCAGCCCUUUGCCUGUGGGACGGCCUUCGCAGUCAGUGUGCUGGAUUCCCUGAUGAGUGCGACAUACUUCAAUGAUAAUAUCCUCACCCUGAUCCGGACGCUGGUAACAGGGGGGGCCACUCCAGAGCUGGAGGGUCUGUUGGCGGAGGAGAACGCAUUACGAGGAGGCUACAGCACGCCGCAGACCCUCGCUAACCGGGACAGGUGUCGUGUGGCACAGCUAGCCUUGUACGACGGGCCAUUCGCUGACUUGGGAGAUGGUGGCUGCUAUGGUGACUUAUUUUGUAAAGCUUUAAAAACAUACAACAUGCUGUGCUUCGGAAUUUAUCGAUUAAGAGACGCACAUUUAAACACACAAAGUCAUACAAGUCAAUGCACUAAACGGUAUGUGAUAACCAAUCCGCCAUAUGGUUUUGAGUUGGUGCCAUCAGACCUGAUCUUCUGCCUGAUGCAGUUUGACCACAAUGCGGGUCAGUCCAGGGCCAGCCUCUCCCACAGCUCCCACUCCUCCCAUUCUUCUAGCAAAAAGAGCUCCUCCGUCCAUUCUCUCACUGCCACCAACCGUACCAACCGCGCCAAGAGCAGGGACUCGCGGGACAAACAGAAUGCAACAAGGAUGAAUAAAAUGGGCCAAGAAAAGACAUGGUUUACAGAUGAGCCUGAGAACGCGGCCUACCACAGGAACAUUCACAUCAAGCCAAUGAGUACUAGUCACAGUAGUCACACAGCCAACCACCAGGUCAACCAGAACCCUUACAAAUCCACCAACAACCAUAUUCCUUCCAUCAGAGAAGUGGAGGACGAAUGCUGAACUACAGAACCCCAUGUUGACACCUACAGUUGAACCCACAUGUAGAACACCUGGAAAAAGAACUUGGAACUCGAACCCAAGAACAUCUAGAACCCACCUUGAGAACACAUGGAAGUACACCUAGAACCCGUGGAACUGGAACCUGAAGAACACCUUAAAACUUGAAUCUUUAGUUGCAUUAAUGAUAUAUACCCAUUGAAUCUUGAAGAAUAUAACUUAAACUUGCCUCAGGAGCUUAGUUCUACUGUCAUACCCCAUCAGAAGCCAAAAUAUAAGUUUGUUUUACUCCAAUGUUUGUAAACAAUGUAAAUGGGUUGAGCACUUUAUUGUUUCAAGUAAAGAUUCUAGCUUUAAAGGGAUACUUUGGGAUUGUAUAUAUUUCCCCCAUAUUAAAGAUGAACUUGUGGAUACAAUUUGUAUGUCUGUGUCCAGUAUGAAGGAAGUUUGAGUUAGUUUCACGUGCUAACUAGCGUUACACAUAGACUCCCAGUCAUUGCGCUAUCUGCUAGCGUGCUAGCAUGCGAGCAGAUACCCAUAGACUUUCAGUCAUUGCGCUAACGCAAGUUAGCAACUUCCUUCAAACUGCAUGCAGAGACAUAAAAAUGGUAUCCACUCUGAGGAAGUAGAUUUAGGGCCUCAUUGCCAAAAUCCCGAAGCAUUCUUUUAACAUAGAACUCCAGAGAACAAAGGAGUAGUUGGGAUGAAUGGGGUGUUUGCAUGGGAAGACAUCAUUCAGUAUUCUCCCUCAGAUUCCUUCUUCAUCAGUCACCAGUUACUAAUCACAUCAGUACAAACUAACCUCUUGGAAAAGGACAACCUUUUUCCAGUUCAUAUGUACAGUACAUACAGUAACAUAAUAUAUAUAUUUAUAUAUAAAUGAAGCAACAUAAUAUACAUAAAUACAAUCAUAUAUCAAUCAAAUGUACAGUCAGACAGUCAAUAAUGUUAACACUCAGCCAUGUAGUUUGCACAGCCAGUUCCUCUUUAGUGACCAGACUCCAUCAAUUACCCAUUUUGGAGAAUGAGGGUCGCUUCAGUCAGAAUAGAUAGCAACGCAACACAAGAUUACAUAUGAUGAAACUUUAUAUUAGAUUGUUAUGAAACUGGACAAAUUAUUUGCCAUUGAAAGCAUUUUCAUUUUUUUACUUUCAUUUGUAGAAUGGUGUUUCAAGACUGACAUGUAUCCAGUAUUGGAAAGUCGUAUGCUUUGGGUCCAUGUGUUUUUGACAUGCCUGGUAAGAUACAAUACAUAACAAAGUUUGCAAAAGGGUAUAUGGUAUUUUUUGUUAAAUGCAGUCCCACCAGAAUUAUAUUGUUAUCGAUUUUGAUUUCACCAUAUUAUCACUUUGUGGAUCGUCAUUUAAUACGAGUAAAUUCCCAAGACUAUAUUUGUGAUUGAUUGUCAACAUUCAUGUCAAAAUAGUAAAUUUUAUUGUAUUGGCCCAAGCCUUAUUUCGAUUGGCCGGUUUGUUUUUGCGUCUUCUGAUCUACAGGAUACUUCCUGCCUUUUUAGCUUUGAUAUCAAUGUCCAACAAAUAUACUGGAAUAUGAGAUGUGGGUGGAAUGACACUGGAAAUACAAAAUAAACCAUAUUCCCAAUACAUUUGACCUGUCAUUAUAGAGGCAUUAUGCUAUAACCCAAGUAUGAUGAUGCUGUUUUGGAGGAUGUUCAGUAAGCUAACCGAGCAGCUAAUAAGAUGAACAGACCUUAAUUACCUUAACUAAUAGGCCUACCUAUUGGAUUAUGUUAUACUGUAUAGCCCUACCUGUAUAACCCUACCUAUACCUUAAUAGACUUAUCUGGAAGCACAGGGAGGGUUAUACUGUAUAACCCUACCUGUAUAACCCUACCUAUACCUUAAUUACCUUAAUAGACGUACCUGGAAGCACAGGGAGGGUUAUACUGUAUAACCCUACCUGUAUAACCCUACCUAUACCUUAAUUACCUUAAUAGACGUACCUGGAAGCACAGGGAGGGUUAUACUGUAUAACCCUACCUGUAUAAUCCUACCUAUACCUUAAUUACCUUAAUAGACGUACCUGGAAGCACAGGGAGGGUUAUACUGUAUAACCCUACCUGUAUAACCCUACCUAUACCUUAAUAGACGUACCUGGAAGCACAGGGAGGGUUAUACUGUAUAACCCUACCUGUAUAAUCCUACCUAUACCUUAAUAGACGUACCUGGAAGCACAGGGAGGGUUAUACUGUAUAACCCUACCUGUAUAAUCCUACCUAUACCUUAAUUACCUUAAUAGACGUACCUGGAAGCACAGGGAGGGUUAUACUGUAUAACCCUACCUGUAUAAUCCUACCUAUACCUUAAUAGACGUACCUGGAAGCACAGGGAGGGUUAUACUGUAUAACCCUACCUGUAUAACCCUACCUAUACCUUAAUAUACGUACCUGGAAGCACAGGGAGGGUUAUACUGUAUAACCCUACCUGUAUAAUCCUACCUAUACCUUAAAAGAUGUACCUGGAAGCACAUGGAGGGUUAUACUGUAUAACCCUACCUGUAUAAUCCUACCUAUACCUUAAUAGAUGUACCUGGAAGCACAUGGAGGGUUAUACUGUAUAACCCUACCUGUAUAACCCUACCUAUACCUUAAUUACCUUAAUAGACGUACCUGGAAGCACAGGGAGGGUUAUACUGUAUAACCCUACCUGUAUAAUCCUACCUAUACCUUAAUAGACGUACCUGGAAGCACAGGGAGGGUUAUACUGUAUAACCCUACCUGUAUAAUCCUACCUAUACCUUAAUUACCUUAAUAGACGUACCUGGAAGCACAGGGAGGGUUAUACUGUAUAACCCUACCUGUAUAAUCCUACCUAUACCUUAAUUACUUUAAUAGA